AUGGCGGAAUUUGCUUACAACAAUGCAGUUCACAGCUCUACAGGCAAAUCCCCCUUUAAGGCACUGUAUGGAUGGGAACUGGCUCUCACCCCUAGUAACGUCCCAACCAACGUGCCAGAAGCAGACAAAUUGGCAAUGCAAAUGGAAGCACAAUGGCAGGAAAUAGAAGCAGCACUUUGGCAAUCAAAGACAUGCAUGACUGCCAGAGAAUCAGGAGAACCAAUCAACUUCAAAAUUGGAGAGGAGGCCUGGCUAGACGCCAAGAAUGUGAAGCUAAAGACCCUGAGUCCUAAGCUAUCAGAACAAUGCCUAGGCCCUUUCAAAAUAAUUGAGAAAAUCUCCAACCAAGCAUAUUGCUUGGAACUCCUGCCAUCCAUGAGGAUCCACAAUGUAUUCUAUGUUGGACUACUGUCUAAAAAGGUAUCAUGGAUGCAGAAGAACGCAACAGAAGUGGUUCUUCGAGUCAAAUGGAAGGGCUAUGGACCAGAGGAGAAUACAUGGGAACCCUGGGAAAACCUGAAAAAUGCAGGGAAAUUUUUGAAAAAGUACAAGGAAGAAAUGAGAAAGAAGGCCCUUGGCGCUGCCAAGGCCCUUAAAGGGGGGGCAGUGUUGUAG